AUGCGCUUCUGGUGGCCGGGUUGGGAGCCUCGAGGGCGCUCUCUAUCUAGCGAAAGUGAGUGCUCCACGGACAGCCAUUCCAGUCUCGCCAGCGAUGCAUCUUUCUAUGACGCGUCGCCUGAUGACGAAACUGGAGUGGGACACGACGAAAUUCCCCCUCUCCCAGAUGACACGCAACUGGUCACUGGGGAAGAGACGGAGCAGUCUGAUUUAAGACUGUUCCCAGAAAGUUCGUCACCCUUCUUUGCGGAACGGGUGGGACGAAACUGCCUGGGAACGGUCGCCGUCGGACAAGGGGUAGGGGUACACACUGGUACCUCCAAUAAUUCCCUUCCGGGGCCCCAAAAUGGGCCCCGAGUGCGUCUACGCGCGCCAUCGCCUCGCGGUGAUGACGCGGAGUUAGGCGCCGCAACUUCGGGCACGGGUUUGGAUCCCGCAUCGCCCAGUGCCUACCAAGUUUCCGCGCGCACAGAGGUCUCUGUCGCGCGCGAGGUCCCCCGGUCUCCGGCCCCGAUUUUGGGUGCCAUCAUUGACCGGGAAGAGGCCCGGCGACCCCCCGUUGGUACCUCCGCAGGUACCUUCGACACUAUACUUGUUUUCAGCAUAGGGGUCGCCCUAUUCUCGAAACGCAUCAAGACAACGAUCAAGACUCCACGGGCCAAGAUGGCGCCGUCGGCCCGUCGGGGCCUCAAGAUGCCGCCGCCGCCUCCUCCCGCGCGCCGUUUGGCUUCCCCGGCUCUCGGACGCUCCCCCGCUGCCGUGGCCUCGCAGGAUGAAGAGGCGAUUGUUGGCAUACCCGGCAGGGCGGGCGUUACUCUGCCUGACCCGGUAUCGCCGACACGGACAACUGCAGAGCGACGGCUCCCGGCGCAAGCAUGCGGCCCCGGGUACCAAGACGUGCAUUAG